UUUUCUCACCCAAUUUUCACCAAUUUCCUCUACUUAAAAACCAACCCCUGCUGAUCUCCAAAUACACUUCAUCAAAAACCUUCACCCAAAAAGAUCGCGUAAAGCUUUCAACUUUUUGUUAAUCUCAGAUCGCAAAAAUCAGGAUUUUUUUUCCUUCUUGUAAAAGAUCAAACAGAGAAGAAGAAGAAGAUGGAGAAUAAUCAGCAAUCUUUUUGGCAGUUCAGCGACCAGCUGAGAGUUCAGACACCAAAUCUAGCGAACCUGUCGCUCAACGACUCGAUCUGGAGCACCAACUCCGUCUUCAAAGAGCGUCGAAACUUAGACAUCGCCGCAUCCGCCGACAAGAACAACAACAGCCAGAUCGACUAUUAUCUGAACCAGAAUCAGAAGAAGAAGACAGGUUCCGACUCCAACUGGAGCUGGAAGUCAUCUUCUGGUCCAAACAACGACAACAUGGGUUUGGGUUUCGGACCCGUGGGAUCAAAAUCCGCCGUCGAUGAUUUAAACCCAAUCGACAGAUUCAACACCCCGUUCAACGACACCUGGAAAUUCAACUCAGUCAACGUCAACGUUAACGGUUACGCACCACCGUCAGGCGCCGUUAACGGAGACUUCAACAAAGGGGUUUACACGUCGAUGAACAAGUAUGGGUAUAACGUGAAUCUAAUAAAGCAAGGCAACAACAAGGACAAAGGAGUCGAUGAAGAUCAUCCUAAUCAUCAUCAUCAUCAGGUUCAGAAAGGUGGGAAGAAGAACAGGAAGAACAAUAGCCAGAGGAACGAAGACGACAAGAUUAAUAAUGGUUUGGACAAGAGGUUUAAGACUCUUCCUCCAGCAGAGGCUUUGCCGAGAAACGAAACCAUUGGUGGUUACAUCUUUGUCUGCAACAACGAUACCAUGGAAGAGAAUCUCAAACGCCAGCUUUUCGGGUUGCCACCAAGAUACAGGGACUCGGUGAGAGCGAUAACUCCGGGACUUCCUCUGUUUCUUUACAACUACUCCACUCACCAACUUCAUGGAAUCUACGAGGCAGCUAGCUUCGGAGGAACAAACAUUGAGUUGAAUGCUUUUGAAGACAAGAAAUGUCCAGGCGAAUCUCGCUUCCCUGCUCAGGUUAGGGCCAUAACGAGGAAAGUGUGUUUGCCACUGGAAGAAGAUUCUUUCCGACCCAUUUUGCACCACUACGACGGUCCUAAGUUCCGGCUCGAACUCAGUGUCCCUGAGGUUCUUUCUCUAUUGGACAUUUUUGCUGACCAAAACCCUUGAAGUUAGUAUACACUAAUGAAGAACACUAAAUAGUGGUUUGUUGGUUACUUGAAAUCCAGAAAGAGAGGGAGAGUGAGAAAGAUACCCGAUUAUAUAUAUAUUUACAUUAUAAGGAGGAGUAUUAAUAAUUGUCUGAAGCAAUGGUAUCGUAUUACUACUAGUUUAUGGGUUUCUUUACUACAAGUGUUUCCCAGAAACCAGAACGUAUGGGAGAUUAGAGGAUAUGCUAUUUUUGUGUGGGAUGGAUGAAGAAUACAUCUCCACUUUGUUUUGUGUAAAUUAAUUAAAUAAAAAAACAUUGUGUACAACCCAAGAUACGGAGAAAUGAGAUGAACUCUUGUUA